UAACUCUCUUUUCUUCUUCAGGUGUAUUCGAACAUUACCUCAAAUUGAUUGCUGCUGAAGACUGUACUUAUUUCUUGACUGAAUAUCGGCUUAGCAUGACACCACAUUGCACUUUGGAUGAACUGAGAGCCAUCACCAUUAACAUCAAUAUAGAUGCAAACUUUACCAGUAUACCAGCCAUUCACAUUCCAUUCCUCAAGAAGGAAGAUUCUGAAAUGGUUCAGUUAGAGUUUUAUUCCCGGAAACCAUUUCCUGGAGACUAUUCUACUUGGUCGAUAUUUGCCUCUGUGAACAAAGUGACUAUGUACUGUUCUCUUGGAACUACAUCCAUAAGUUUUCCUGAUUUGAUGAUGCCCAUUCCAUGGAAGAUUCUAGGAGUUCCAGACGAUCGAAAAUAUCUCCUCUUUAACAAAGUUUGGGAGCACAUAAUAGAAAAUAACAACAAUUCUGGCCUAGCAGCCCUCCAGUCUAUCAAGAUUCUGCCAAUAAACCAGACUGGUUUGAAGAAACUCAAGGAAUCAGAACUUAAUCCCUACGUUGCUUAUUGUAACAAUGAGAUGGUUCACUGUGCAAUCUUCUUACCCCCUCAUUACCAUCUGCUGCUGAAGCUUAAAUGCAUGACAGACAGGACUGCAGUUUCAAUCCUGACCGACUUCUGGCAGAUUCUUCCCUCAGUCAACACUUACUUGGAAUCCUUGCAAGAUUUCCUCUAACAACCAGCGCUGUGAUUCUUGUUUUUAUUUUGUAAUUUCUAAUUUGGACAACAUUUUUUUCAUUUGGUUUAUUUCUUGACAACAUCUGGGACAACUUUGAAUCUGUGUGUGUGUGCGCGCAUGUGUGUAUGUGUGUUUCUGUGUGUGUGUGUGCAUAUAUCUAUAUGUGUAUGUAUAUACCCAUGUUAUAUGUAUAUAUAUCUGUGUGUGUAAUUAUGCAUGAUUAUAUGCAGUUAUGUGUGUGUGUGAGUGAAUACAAAUGAGUAUGUGUCUUUAUAUAUAUAUAUAUAUAUAUAUAUAUAUAUAUAUAUAUAUAUAUGUUUAUGUCUGUAUAUAUAUUUUUGUAUGUCUAUGUACCUGUAUGUCACUCUGCAUUCAUUUGUUUUUAUGUCUGCUUUUCCAUGUGAGCAUGGGUUAGAUAAAUAUAUGAUUCAGACUUUGUUUUACAGCUGGAUGCUCUUCCUGUCACUAACCCUUAAUUGUUUGACAUUUUUGGAUCUUGUGUUUCACACAUCUUUGAAGGCGCAAAGCUAGUGGAUGGUUUGUUGAUGGAAGAAAUGAAAUCGAUAACAAAACUGCUUUUUGCUGAACAAUAUAUAUAUGUAUGUAUGUAUGUAUGUGUGUGUGUGUGUGUGUAGGUGUAUGGCUUAGUGGUUAGGGGUGUUGCACUCAUGAUAGUAAGAUUGUAGUUUCGAUUUCUGGACUGGGCAAUGCAUUGUGUUCUUGAGUAAAACAUUUCAUUUCACAUUACUUCACUCCACUCAGCUGGGUAAAGUGAGUAAUACUGUAAAGGACCAGCAUUCCAUCCAGGAGGUUAAUAUAUGCACCACAGAUUUCAGGAAACCAACUUUGCAACCUUAAGGCUUGGGAGGGACUUUUGAUCCCUUUUUUUGAUGUAUGCAAGUGUGAGAAUAUUUGCAUGUGUAUAUUUAUGUCUGUUUGUAUUUUGAGUAUGAAUAUAAACAUAUUGAGUGAUGUAAUGGUUAAAUGGCUAAAACGACUUCUAUUUUCUGUGCUCUCAGUUGAAGCCUUUGCAACAGCAGUUGGAUAUCUUGUACAGGGUCAAACUUGGUGAUGGGAAGGCUGUUGGAGCAUUUCAGCCAUUGCAUUUUCUUUUUUUAAAUAAUAAAUCCAGUCCAAGACAUGGUGAAGGUGUUUAGGAUGUUGUGCUGCCGAUUGUUGAGUGAUGAUUGUUGAAUGAUGAUUGUUGAAUGAUGAUUGUUGAGUGAUGAUUGUUGAGUGAUGAAUGUUGGGUGAUGAUUGUUGAGUGAUGAUUGUUGAGUGAUGAUUGUUGGGUGAUGAUUGUUGAGUGAUGAUUGCUGAGUGAUGAUUGCUGAGUGAUGAUUGCUGAGUGAUGAAUGUUGGGUGAUGAUUGCUGAGUGAUGAUUAUUGAGUGAUGAUUGUUGAGUGAUUGUUGGGUGAUGAAUGUUGAGUGAUGAAUGUUGAGUGAUGAUUGUUGAGUGAUAUUUGUUGUGGUGGAUUUGGUUUUUAGACCAGGUAACAUACUGUGUCCUUGAGCAAGGCUAUUAACUUCACAUUGCUCCUGUCUCAUUCAACUGAAAAUAAGUACCAAUAGUGACAAAUAGAGAUUAACCCAAGAAAUACUUAAGAACCUACUGCAUUGAUUUGCCUGAGGGCCUGGUGCUGCUAAGGCACCUCUGGCUUAGUGGGGUGUCUUUUACUCUCAAUCUCUGAAAUGUAUCAGAAACCUGGGAAAGUUCCAGUCUCAUCACUUGAUGACAGACUAGAAUUUUUCAUUCCAAACACAGAAUCAAAACUUUCAAUCUAAUAAAUCUUUUGUCAAAUUUCCAGUGUUACUUUAACACAAAUGCUGUUUUCCGCUUUGGAAUUACAGUUUUGAACACACUGACUCUGGACAAAUAUGAGGAGGACUAAUUCCUGGCACUGUCUCUGCAAAAGCAAGAUUUCUCUAAAAGCCUGCUAAAGAAAUCUGGUUGCACAUGGAAUUUUUUAAUCAAGCUCAGAUGUUUUUAUAAAAUAUCUUGAUGCUAUUUUUUUUCUUUUUUUUUUUGCCUUUCUUUGUGACUCAUCAUAAU